ACCGUGGGGAGCCGGCAGCGUAUUUGGGUCCCGUCAUCUUAAACCCUUCUAUCCAAGUUCAGGUUUUUCUUUCGCUGGAGCUCAGAUUUUCUCAUGUCUUAUAGUGUCUGAGAAGAAACCCUCCUUCCAAAAUUGUGUUUCCUCUAUCAAAAGCUUCAAUUGAGGUCCAGCUAUGGCGACCCACCUGCUUUCUCCGCCCACCCACUUUCAAACUUCCAUGAAACUGGCCCUUCACGCCCCGUUUCUUCUAGCUCCCAGUCGACGGUCACCAGAAUGCAGCCACGUAGUGAGUUUAAAACCACAUAAAAGAUUUCAGAAUGCUGGAUCAGUGGUCUCUUGUGCUACGAAUAUGACUGCAGGACAAUCAGACGAUUCAGGAAGGGUAAAUUGGGAUAGUUUGAAGAACAGGGUAAAACAGCUUUGGGAAAGUUCACCAGAGCCAGUGAAGUCUUUCCCUUGGAACGAGGCAUUGGAUAACUUCAUCCAGCUUAUUGCUGAUCUCAUCUUGACGGUUAUCAAGUACUUGUUUGUACCAUUACUCCUCGUUACCUCCCUUAGCGAGAUGUCUUACUGUGCUCAUGAAAAGAAGCUUCUUAUUGUCCCAUUUCUAUUUAUAAUUGGCUUCUCCGCUGCUGAGGUCAUGAGACAGACAGCUUUAAGUCUAUCUCCAAUUCUUAAGGAUCUAGAAGUACCUUGGCAUUUGAUCACAAUUGCAAUAUUCUUCACUCUCAUUAAACUGCCCGGCCCAUCCUAUCCAUAUUGGGGUCGCAUAUUCAUUCCUCACUUGGCAAAUGGAGGUUUGGUCAGAACUACAUGGUCUAUGUUUCUCUGGUUUAGAAGACCCCAAAAGACAUCGAUGUUGCUGAAGCAUAACGAGAAUCACCUGGAUACGAAGAAGAAUUAAUUGAAAUCGCAUAUAGAACAAUGGACCAGGUAUUACUACUAAGAGUAAAAGAAGAAAAAAAAAGUACUGUUGCUCAAUGCUUGUUAGAGUCUAAUUUCAUUAUCAUGCCCAUGUGAGGAAUAAUAAUUAUGACUUGGGUGCCUCAAAUAUUGAGGCCAGAUUUAAUAGUAGCUUUCUGAUAGGAUUCGUAUUGGUAAUAAUCAAUCUUAUUAAGGUAUCAAAGAUAUGUCAAUAAUUAGUUAGGAGAAUUGUUUUCAGCAGGUGGGAAAAGUUACAGCGUAGAGGUGCAAAUUGAGUGAGUUGGUUUAGGCUUGAGUGAUCUCAAUAGAGGGAGGGUCCAAGUACCGCAAUUUUAUUUUAUUAACAACAAUAAUUUAGAGUUCAACAUCACGUGUUAGAGGAUAUAAACCACUGACUGGGUAAUUUAUGCUUUAAGCAGUUGAACUAUGCUUGGGUUAGUUGUAA